CUGAGCACACAACAUCCCACUAAACCAUCUCCACUGUCGCUUUUCUCUUUUUCAGUGGAUGCCCUUGUAUUAAAGGAAAAAAAUCUGAGGAGGUUAUACACAAUAUUUUUUGGGUGCAAGGAUUUAUUUAUACAUUCUCUGGCACUCCAGACGCCAACAGAUUGUGUUUGGUCUCCUUGCGAAGGGUCACUUGGGAAAAUCGACCCGUCUUGUGGCACUCCUGAUACACUUGGAAGAUUUGUAGACUGCGGACGUUUCGUGAAAUUGGACACACGGACGGACAGCUGCGGUUUAUGCGUGUUCCCGUUCACAGAAGAUAAAAAGGGACUGUUGCUGCAAGAACUGAGAGAGAAAUAACAAUCAACUCUAAACAUGAGCUGCGCAAUGUUGCGACACGCGCUCGCUUUGCUCUUGGCGUUGCUGUGGAAAGGGCCCAGCAGUGCUCAGGCGGCCGAGUUCGGACACUUGCCCGACAACAUUACCGUGCUGGAAGGAGAAAGCGUGGUUUUGAGAUGCAAGAUAGACGAGGAGGUCACUCACAAGGCGUGGUUGAACCGCUCCAACAUCUUAUUUACGGGCACAGAUAAGUGGUCCCUGGACUCCCGUGUGUCUCUGGUGAACAACAACAACAGCGACUUCUCCAUUAAGAUUGAGCAAGUGAUGGUGGCAGACGAGGGACCCUACACAUGCAGCUUCCAGGCCAGAAACCAGCCGCGUACGGCCCACGUCUACCUCAUCGUCCAGGUGCCAGCCCGGAUAGUGAACAUCUCGCAGGAUACAUCAGUGAACGAAGGCGAUGACGUCAAUCUUUUUUGCCUGGCGGUGGGCAGACCAGAGCCGACUAUCACCUGGAAGGACUUCAAGUACGAUCUCAUGAAUGAAGGCGAGUUUCUGGAAAUCACAGAAAUCAAGCGGCAUCAAGCGGAGGAAUUUGAAUGCAUCACCAAUAACGGCGUGGCGCCACCAGACACACGCCGCGUCAAGGUCACGGUCAACUAUCCACCAGUAAUCACAGAAGUAAAGAACAUGCCCGCCCAGCUGGGAAAAACUGCAAUCUUGCGCUGUGAAGCUAUGGCGGUGCCCACCGCGUCCUUCGAAUGGUACCGGGAUGACCGAAUGCCGGUAGAGAGCGAUAACACGCUGAAGAUUAAAAACGAGAAAACACGUUCCCUGCUGCUCUUCACCAACGUGACAGAAAAACAUUUUGGCAACUACACCUGUUUCGCCUCCAACCGCCUCGGGGCUUCCAAUGCCAGCAUGUUACUCUUCAGAAAGGCAGGCUGUGACGUCACUGGCAGAGAGAGGGGGCAGUUGCUCAACCUCUACAGAAUGUGUACAGGGCCCGGGGCCGUGUACGGCGGAGCGGUGUCUCUGAACGGCCGUUUAUCAGGAGUUGGCCUGUGGUUCUGCCUCUCCAUCUCUGUUCUGAUGAAGGUCUAAAACUUUCCCGCUUCGGAAAGAGUCUUUAAAUACGAACCCAUCACUGUGAACAAAAAGAAAUUAUGCAUUAAUCCAGGAGCCAUCGCUACAUCACUCGGUCAUGCCUUCCCCCUUCCCAUUCACGCCCGGUCGCAUAUCACCGCUUCACUCCUCCUUCCCGUCACCAAACGAUGGUCACCUUUUAUCGUCCAAACCUGAAAUGUGAUGCUAAUGAUCACGACAAGUGUAGUGCCAGUUGGAUGUCUCUUGAUGUGCGUGCUGGACAUGCUGGUGGUAAAGUGACGUGUCGACGAUGACGGAUGCGAUGUCCGGGUGACCCUGUCGAAGCUGUCCACCAGCGACCCGACGCAGAGAUCUGAGCUGAACGCUGGUGUAUUCUGACGUGCGUAGCUACUACGAAUGAUGUCAAACCAUGUUUUCUUUCUAGCGAGGAGGGCUGUGUCAUCUCGGCCCCUCGUUUGCAUUCGUUUGUGCUCUCGACCCAAAGCAAACGUCUUGACCUGCGUCCAGCCCUCAUAUUGUCCUCAGUCUGUCCAUCACUCAGAUCGUCGGUCCUUCACACUCAGUGUAAAUAUAUAUGCAGUAGAGGCCCUUCAUUCCAGUGGCAAAAACUACAUUUCCCAUCAGCCUCUCUGUUUCAGCCUUUCGGCUCGGAGGAUAUUGCUGCCUUUAAGUCACGAUGGAAUGAUCGUAUUUACGAGAUUUACAACCGAAAUGUCAUUAUUAGCAGAGAAUCAUUGGUAUUGAUCGUAAGACGUUUAGUUUGUACAUAUUUAGUGUUGUUUACUUGUGUUUAAUGGACAGCUGUAAAAGAGAAGUGCUUUAAAUUACUUUUUAAAUUUGUUGCAAAGUAUAAAAAAAUAGAUGUAGUGUUGGAGAUUAAAGUAUUUGGACACCUUUUGGUUGUCAAAUGUCGGUUAAUAAAAUAAACUAUAGCUGUAGAUGUCACUCAUCUGCUAAAACUCUUUUUUUUUUACAUGAAAAUGUAGUUUAGAAAAGUCAGAAAUAGUGUAACUAUUUGAAUGCAUCAUUGCAACUCAUAAGAAAGACUACAACUUUUCAUAAUUAUUUAAAUGCAUCAUUGCAACUCAUAAACAGGGGUGCAACGUUUCAGUAUUUUUUUAACUCAUCAUUGGAAUUCACAAGAGCGCAACUUUUCCAAAUUACUUUAUUGCAUAGUUGCAACUCAUUAGUCAUCAACUCAUUAGUUAGAGUGCAACUUCUCAGAAUUAUUUGAAUGCACCAUUGCAACUCUUAAGGGUGCAACUAUUCAUAAUUAUUUAAAUGCAUCUUUCCUACUCAUAAGAGUGCAUAUUUUCAGUAUUAUUUCAAUGCAUCAUUGUAGCUCAGAAGUAAGAGUGCAAUUUUUCAUAAUUAUUUAAAUGCAUCACUGCAACUCAUAAAAGUGCAACUUUUCAGAAUUAUUCAAAAGCGUCAUUGCAACUCGUAAGUAGGAACUUUCCACAAAGACUUGAAGGCAGCAGAAGUUUCUGGCGUCUCCUGGCCUGAAACGGUUCAUUGACUUCUUGUUGCUUGUGGAUAGCAUGUACUGGUUAGAAAUGUCCCUCUUGUGACCUCACUUCCUGCACCGACCCCGUUUUAACCCCCUGCACUGUGUACAUUUUAAUCUGCAAGGUUAACUGCUAUUACUUUUUUGGUGUUAAUAAUGAUUAUAAUGAUGAUGACAAUGUUAAUAAGUAUUUGAAUAAAUAUGAUAGUAAUUCCAUGUGAGAAAAAAAAAAAAAAAAAACGUUAGAGCUGAUCGCAAGCCAUGUGUGUGAAAAUAUUUUGUACUAAAAAUCACUGAAUUCAUCGAACGGCAAAAAGAAAAAAAAAAACUUUUUGAAGUAUCGUGCUCUGUUUUACCAUGAUUAACUUUUUUAAAACGGAAGUAAUUUCGACUCGUCUGUAAAAGAAAGCAAUCAGUGAAAUGUGUGGGCGCUUACACGCUAGACAGAUCUGUUUUGAGCAUGUGAAAAUGGCCAUAGAAACAAACUGAACAAAUAUACACAGUACUAAGUGCAGUGUUGCUUUUCAAAACCAUUGUCUUUGUCAUGCACCAUCCCCAUUGAGCUCAGUGCAUUUGCAUUGUAAACUCUAGCGUGUAGGCGUCCUAAUAUCAUUUCAAAUGUGUACUGUAUUUUUUUUUCCAUGCUGGUGAUGACUGUAUUGUAUGAUAUAUUCUGCAGUGAUGAUAUAAUGCUCAUGUCUGCCUCGAUGACAUAACCAAAACCCUCAGUAUCCUCCGGUUGCGUACGGUUAUGUUAGUGUGAAUCUGCAUUCCAUUCAGAGACGAUUGUUGGAUAUUCCUGUGAUAUUAAGUUGCAACAAAAAUGCAUGCAUUUACUGCAUGCAUUAUGUUUGGAAAAUGACAUACGAAGAAAGAAAUGGCAAUUUACAAUCUUUUCGCAACCAAAUUGCGAUAUUAUGCAAUACUAGCAUUAGUUCGGUAGGUGUGCGGCUAACAGACAACAGCAUUCAGUGCGUUUUAUACAUAUUUUCGAAACAUUUUAUACAUGCAGAACAAAUACAUAUAUCAUGGCCAUAUUUUUUAGUAAAUUAGUAAAAUCUCACUAAUCCUUUCUGUCAUUUUAAUAAAACAUGCGCAUGUCGUAGCCUACUAAUACAUUUUCUUUCAAUUUACUUAAUCGUGGCUACGUCGUACAAAUUCGUUCCCUCGUUUUAGUUAAUCCUGGCUACGUCGUACUAAUUAAUUUCCUAGCUUUAGUAAAUAAUGGCCACAUCUUGCCAAUUUGUUAAAUUUUUUAGUAAAUUGUUGACACAUUGUAUUAAUUCGUUCAUUAAUUUUAGGAAAUCAUGGCAAAGUCAUCUAAUUCGUUCCCUCGUUUUAGUUAACCGUGGCUACGUCGUACUAAUUAAUUCCCUCGUUUUAGGAAAUCAUGACCAUGUUAUACUAAGUCAUUAUAUUGUUUAAUUAAAUAAAAACAAUGCAACAAAUUAGUAGUACAACACGAUUUACUACAACAUAAGUCGUGGGAACAAAUUCUUAAUUUGUCAACAAUGGGACGCAUUUUUAAUUCGUUGUGCAUGUAAUAUGAUCAUUUUGUCCAUGGGAUUUUUUCAUCACAGUGCAUUUUAUUUAUCUUGUACAUCUGUGUCUGAAUUUCUGGAAAAUCCAACCAUCUGAGCUGAAUGGAGCGCAGUAGGCUGCUAGCUUCCAAGCGUCCAGUUCAGAAUCAGAUUAGCGGGAGACAAAGAUGUAAUUAGCCAGCGACUGUGACUCCUAAGCAAGCGGAGCGUCAUAUUCUCUCCGUCCCCCAUCUGGUGAGCAGCAGAGCUCAUAAAUCAAGCUCAGGCGCUGACAGAAUCCUCUUCAAGGACAGCUGUGUCUUUGAGUCUUGAGGCCGAUGUGGAGUCCGGUCCCCUACAGACUAAUUAACCGCCACUUAAGAGCACACGGCGAAGAGGCUUUGACGGAAAGCAGCGGAGCGCGACUCAAGCCGUUCACAAUGAUGACCCUGCAUGAGCGCUGACCGUACAGUUUGCAAUGUUAAUGCUGUAUAUACUCUAAUACGAUAAUGUUCUCCCUGAAUAUGUGCUUCAUUAUUGCAUUCCAGUCAGCAAUAACCCCGGAAUAAAGCCCAAACCUAUUUAAAGUCCAAUUUAAAGUC